AAAUGCAGUCAUUCAAACGAGACCGUGACAAAAAUUUGACAUUACCACACAUAGCCAAGAAUUAUUCGGUUAAAGGUUGGUUUGACGGUGGGACUGCGAUAUUAUACUACUUUUAGGGCAUCUUCUUCUUGCUUUGUGCUUUAUGAUAAUAUAUAUUUAAUGAUCAUAUGCUUCAUUGUACUGCAGCGUACCGAAUCUAUUCAACAAUGGUCGCAAUAUACUCACACGUUCCAUCCGAUCUACACACAGUUUGAGGCAUAAACAUAUUACGCACUUGUGUACACGAGCAACCUUUUUUCUUCUCCUUCAAGCAAGUGAUAUGAGAACAUAAAAUGUGUUCACUGGAUACUUCAAACCUUGAGUAAGGACUGGCUUGAUCCAAGAUGGCGGCACCAGAGGCGUCCGAGGGCCUAGAUAGAUGGCGCUAUGCUGUGGCAUUUGCAAAGUUUAUCAUCCACGUCCUUUAUUCUGGCGUUCCUACUUCACUGUCCGUCCUCCUUCCAUCUUUGGCCUACCAGCUGGACCUGGACCACACGACAGUUGGGUUCUUAAUCACACUGGAGGUUGGGAUGUUCUUCUUUGCUUGUCCGAUUAGCAAUUAUUUGUUUCAGAAGUUCAAUCCUCGUCUAGUAGCAACUUUGGGCGGUUUCCUGGCGGCAAUCUCACUCAUGGCAGCAUUUUUCAGCCAAACAGCGGUUUCCCUCGGCUGCUCUUUCUUCUUCACAGGUUUUUUCUCAUCCCCGCUACGUCAGCUUUCAAGCAUAACUCUCGAACAACAUUUCGGGGACAAGUAUGGAUUCGCCGAGACUGUUACACACGUGGGUAGUCAAUUAGGAAGUUUCCUCUUACCUUAUUUUACCGUGAUGUGUCUCAACGCCUAUGGAACAAGAGGUGCUCUAUUGUUUCUAAGCGCAUUAAUGUUUCAUUGCGUACCGAUGGGAGCCACCAUGCGCCCUCCACGUCCACAAAACCGAUCUGAAAUGAUGGGCGGCGAUUUAAACAAAAGGGACGAAGAUGAUGACCAAGAAGUUAACCCGCUUCAAAAUGUUGACGCCUGUGGAAGUGACGAGAAUGAUUUAAAUCUAGAAAUGGACAUACAGGGUGACGAAGAAGGUAUUUGUGAAAACGAUGAGAAUCACUCAAAUCCAGAGGCGGAUUCGAAUGCCCAGCCAUUGAUUGGAAAAGGUCGGGCCAACAUGAAGGUAAAGACAUUAAGCGAAGACGAGAGUUAUAUGUCAAUGACAUUGACCGCUAUCCGGGAAUAUAUUCGGUCAGAAAUUAAUGCUAGUUUUUUGAUGAACGAACGCGUUUUUAUUUACCUGUUGCUUCCAUGUGAGGGCAUUUACGAAAUAUGCUACGCCAGUUGGGCAUUCUUUUCAGUCUCCUACGGCGUAUCUGUUGGAAUUCCUGUCGAAAAAGCUGUGUAUAUUGUUAUGAUGGAAUCUGUGGGUGGUAUUACCGGUCGGGCGGUACUCAUAGCAGUUCUUUACAAGUAUCCGCUGUCAACACCGCAAAUGCUUGCUGCUAACAUCGGACUAGCAGCCAUCGGACUCCUCGCUUUUUCCAUCAAUACGUCUCUGACGUAUUUGAUGAUAUUUUCUUUCGUCAGUGGCUUUGGCUUCUUCAAUUCCUUCUCCAGUUUUUACGGUUUUGUAUCCAUAAUCGUGAAAAAGGAGAAUUUCGCAAAGGCAAUGUCGUACUCGUUGAUGCAAACUGGAGGCUCCUUAAUGAUAUCGGGUGUUCUUACAGGUUUUCUGUAUGACAUUUUGGGGUCUUACCCAGCCAUAUUCCGUACCAUGGGGGUGUUUCUUGUCGUCGAUUGUUUGGCAAUAUCUACGUUCAUCUUUGUCGACUCGCGAUCAAAGCAAGGCAAAAGUGUUUGUACGUGUAUGUGAGAUCAAUCGAUAUUCGGACCGAACAUUUGCAGAAUAUAUCACCAUGAGAUCAGAGAUGGCAGGGUCUGAUUGUUUAUCCUUGUUUUACCUUUUCUUCCCAACCGCUACAAGAUGCCCACCUCAUCCUACCUUUUUCUAAUUGGUUCUCAGUGUAUAAAGCCAAGGUGGACUGUUUAUGUAUAGCUAAUGAGCAUCGGCGUAUCUGAGAUAAAUAUGCAAUUAUUUUCUUUCUCUUCUAAUUGUCUUUUGGUCAUUGUAUUCAAUUAUUCUGGAAUAAUCUGCCACUAGAAAUAAAGUCACUUUACUCAAUGAACACCUUUAAAAGAAAACUCAAAUCGU